UCAUAAUUUCUAUGAUGUAAGCGGCUGUUCCGGAAACGGCUGAUUUUAAACGCGGCAGAAAUGGCAGACGAUUUAAUGUAUUUCUUAAUCCAGUGGGAGGAUCGCUUUAUGUCCGUCAUCGACAUAAAGCACAUCGUCAAACCAGUAAAGAACAAGUUUGCCUACAAGGAGGGAGAGAUCAUUAGGGCGCAGUUUGGCAAGAAAAACAGCUACGAAGCUGUCAUCUGUGAAAUACAUCUUACUAUUGUUGAAGACAGGAAGGCUGGACAUCUUCUCAUGAAGCCAAGACCAGAAAGUGUUACCAGCAUGGAAACUGACAGUGUUAAAAAAAGGGAUUUUGACGAACUUCAAGAUCAGGUUAGGCGCUUAAAGAAGAGGGUUCGGGAACUCGAAAGGUUCCAAGAUUCUGCGAAACCCAGCAAUAAAGCAUCUAAUCUGCCUGAAGGACCAAUCCUAUCCAGCCACGAGGACAGCCUUUUUGAGUGCUGUAAAAAACUUCUGGCUCUGUUUUCCACUGACUACAUUACUACCCAUAGUGUAACUGGUAGGAGAGCAAACACCAGCACAGAGCCCAAACCCAAAUUUGAUCCAAGAUUGUAUGCUUGCUUAAGCAAAGUGUUAAAAGAAAAGUUUCCUGGCACUAAAGACACAGAAAUAACAUUGAAGGUGCGAGCUGUUCAAAAGGAAUGCAAAAAAGCUAAUCAGUAAAAUAAAGGUUUUACGGAAUAAAUUUUUGAUUGUUUAAUAUUGUUCCUAGUGUAGAUUUUUAUUCCUCAAAGCAGCCUUUACUGUUAAUGGUGAAGGUUCAAAGGUUGAAAACCUAAUUUUGGAGUCAUUUUCUGC